AUGCUGUCUCCUGCUGAGGUGAAGAAACUUGUCAAGCAGUCUUUGGAACUCGUUCCAAUCGGAAAGGGACCGAAGGAAAUCCAGAAUGGAAAGGAUUUCUACAAAUAUAUGUUCACACAUUAUCCCAAUCUCCGGCAGUACUUCAAAGGCGCUGAGUCUUUCACCGCAGAUGACGUGCAAAAAAGUGAGAGAUUCGAUAAACAGGGUCAACGUAUUCUUGUUGGCGUCUACGUCCUUGCAGACACCAUCGACGAUGAGCCGACAUUCCGUGCAUACAGUCGCGAAAUGGUCAACAAACACCGCCCAUUCAAGAUGGAGCCUGAGUACUGGAGCGCUUUCUUCACUGUCUGGGUAAACUUUCUUGCGUCCCGAGGAUCGCUUACUAAUGAACAGAAGAAGGCUUGGGAGCAGCUCGGCAAACUUUUCGAUGAAGAGUGCCAAAGUUACUUGAAAGCGCUUGGUUUACCACACUGUUAA